UAAACAAUUUUCGGCAAAAAACAAAAAAAAUGGGAUUGAGAGAUAUAGGAGAGACGCUGCCACCGGGUUUCAGGUUUUAUCCGAGUGACGAAGAAUUGGUUUGCCAUUAUCUUUACAAGAAAGUUUGUAAUGAACAAAUUCUCCGAGGUACCCUCGUCGAAAUCGACCUCCAUGUUUGCGAGCCAUGGCAGCUCCCCGAUGUGGCGAAGUUGAACUCGAACGAAUGGUACUUCUUCAGCUUCCGUGAUCGGAAAUACGCAACGGGAUUCCGGGCUAAUCGGGCCACCAUCUCCGGCUACUGGAAGGCCACCGGAAAAGACCGGGCGGUGGUGGACCCAAAAACCCGGGCGGUUGUUGGAAUGCGAAAGACUUUGGUUUUUUACAUGAAUAGAGCUCCUAAUGGAAUCAAAACUGGAUGGAUUAUGCAUGAAUUUAGGCUUGAAAAUCCACACGUGCCACCUAAGGAAGAUUGGGUACUGUGCAGAGUAUUCCAUAAAUCCAGGUCAGGUGAAAACAGCAGCAAUUUGGUUGAUUCCCCCACAUACAAUAAUAAUAAUAAUAUUGAACAACAAAUAAUAAUGCCUAACUAUGGCCAUCAAAACGACACCGUUUCAUUCUACCAUACUACUCCAUAUCAUCAUCUUCAUCAACAUGGACAAAACCCUAGCACAUCCAUAGAUCCAGCUGUCUACGUACACGUGGAUAAUGGCGACAAAAUGGUCGACGACGACGAGGCUGCUAAUAAUAAUACUUAUAAGUGUGACGUUGAUAAUGAUUACGGGUUCUUGUUCGAUUUCGACGAUCCGGAUAACAAUGGAGAUAUGGGGUUCAACUGAAAAGUAUAUUUGGGGGCAUGAUUUAUAUUUGUUCAGUUGAUUGGUAUAGAAGAAGGGAAAUUUGUGCAAAAACUCAAUUUGAGAUUAAUGUAAUUGUGUAGUUGUGUUAGUAGUGUGUGAAUUAUAGGGUUAAAGAAAAAAAAAUUGUUUGA